AACCAACUCAGGUCCUCUCAUCGACAGACUUGAGCACCGCUUCCAUUCCAACCUUGAUUGGCUGACUGUCCUACGUUAAAGUGCGCAAUUCCCUGGGCAAUUCUUUGCACAACCAAGAUGGGAACACGGGAGGCUAGCCACGCCGGCUCUUGGUAUGAGGACGAUCCGAAUGAGCUCUCAUCGCAGCUCGAAAAGUUCCUGGGUCACGUUCCGGCCACCCUGGACGGCAGCGACCUUCCGAUUCCUGGUGCAAGGGUGAUAAUCGCUCCACAUGCCGGUUACACGUACUCUGGGCCUUGUGCUGCCUGGGCGUAUAAGUCGCUUGAUCUUAGGUCCGCGAAACGGGUCUUCAUCCUCGGCCCGUCUCACACUUACUACUUACGCGGAUGUGCUCUCACGACGUUUGACAAAUAUGAAACCCCAUUUGGAGACUUCGUUGUCGACAAGGCCACCAUAUCCGAGCUGAGGCAGACUGGCCGGUUCUCCAACAUGCCGCCGAGACGUGACGUAGACGAGCAUUCUCUUGAGAUGCAUAUUCCGUACCUGUGGAAAAGGCUCGAGCAAACCUUUGGCCACGACAGCAGUAGCUACCCGUCCAUCGUCCCUAUCCUCGUGGGUGAUGGAUCUGAAGAAGAGGAGAAAUCCUUUGGGAAGCUCCUCUCGCGGUACCUGAAGGACCCGGAAACUGCGUGGGUAGUCUCGUCCGACUUUUGCCAUUGGGGACCACGGUUCAGCUACCGACCCGUCUUCCGCGAAGGCGUGAUCCGUAAUUUGGAUGCCCCGAGGCAUAAGCGAGACCUACAAGCCCCGCUGGAUUGGAACGAUGUGGCCGACAAUCCCGAGAGCCCAGAGAUCCACGAGGUCAUCAAGGCGCUGGACCAGAUGGCCAUGGAUGCGGUCGAGCAUGGCGCACACAGUCGGUUCUACAAGGUCGUCCAAGAGACUCAAAACACCGUCUGCGGGAGACAUCCCAUCGGAGUUACCAUGGCGGCGUUGGAAGAGCUGCAAAAGGAGGGGUUGGAGGAGGGUAAAGGCAAGUUCAAGUUCGUCCAGUAUCAGAGGAGCAGUCUGGUCAAGGAAGCCUUGGACUCCAGUGUGAGCUAUGCAUCGGCCUAUGCUAUCAUCUGAGAGUCGCAUUUGCCGGGGCAUAAACAUACCACGGUGGUGACCUUGCGACGGCGACGUAGUGCCGGUUGGGCAGGUCAUGAGGGGUGAUGUUUCUGACGCGGUGGUAGGUUGCAUUCUAGACGAAAGUCAGAUGCAUCGGGAAAUGGAUGACAGGCUAUUCGAUGUUUGAGCUAGACGUCGCUGCUCUGCAAUCCACUAUUAGGUGAAUAUGGAUUGCGGAUACUGAUAGAGACAGCGCAUUUGCCCAAGUAGAGCCCAGGGCAUGAUAACAGCAAUAUCGAUGGCCUUGGAUCAGAAGACUCGAUGCGGACGAUGACCUCGGUACUCGAGUCAACUGAAGAAGAUGCUCUUGCGGGAUUCCUGCUACAUACACAGCGAUAGAUACCGUGUGUACGGAAUACUACCUACAGGUAUUUAUGCGUUACCGUGGCCGCAAAAGUCUCCAGCCCGAAGCUGAAGAUUUAGUACACAGCGAAG